CCGCUGUCCUCAUCCGCGAUCGAACGUAGAUCCAAGUUAAUUCCCAGUAAGACCACUUUUGUUGCUGUAUAUUACUACAAGACAUUUCAAUUCUUUUAUUUUUGUUAAAAUUGAUUUGAAAUAAUAAGGCUGUUGAGUCAGUGCUUUUGAUUUCGUUUUAGCUUUAAAGUGGAUAUUGCUGAUGUUUUAAGAGUCCAUGUCCUCCGAAGGCAGUGCUGCGGAUUGAUAUUCGAUUGGAACCGACAAUGUGGAGGCUGUUGAAAUGUCUACUUGGAAAAUGAAAUGGUAACACUUUAUUUAACUGAAAGAGGGUAGAGUUGUAGGAGAGUCUCGCGGGAGAGGUGUUUCCAACUCCGUGACGGCAAAAAGAAAUAACAAGCAACGGAGAAAAAAAGAAUAAUAAUUGGACGACGCGACAAAGUAGUGGUUGUCUUUGCUUCUCUUCAUUAACCCUUCCGUCCGGACCACGGGAGACGGAUCCUAUUCCUAACUUUGUUUCUCCGUCCUUGUACCGCCGUUCAUUUCUCACCGCUGGAUGCCACAUCACUAAAUCCAGUUGCUGAGACUGAAAGGGCCCAGUGAACAGCAGCAGACAAUGGCUGCAGUGGAAACAGACAAGGAGCUCAGCGAUUUGCUGGAUUUUACAGCGAUGUUUGAGCUUCCAGUUCAAAAUGGUAGAAGUGGGCCGACCACUCUUGGUCAGUUUGGAGGUUCUGGCAUAGAUGAGAGGAGUGGGUCUAGUCCAUGGGGACCAGGAGAAGAAAAUAGUCCAUCCUUCACCCAAGGAAGAGGUUAUGGGGAAGACGGCCUUUACAGCGAGCGGGAAGGCCUGGCCUCUGCCCCUGUGUUUGGGCCAGGACUUGUGGGAAAGGCUGAUCGAGGGCCGUACCCAUCAUUUGGAGCUCAGCCGGGUUAUGUACUCAGUGAGAUGCCCAUUCCAAGUCCUGACAACGUCUCCUCUUCUGCUGUUAAGUCCAACUCACAGUUUUAUUCAUCCUAUGAUGGCAGUAACCAUCGCAAGAGAUCUUCACAGGACUCCAUAGAACCACAUCCAAAAAAGAUCAGAAAGGUGCCUCCAGGCCUGCCCUCUUCUGUUUAUGCAACAGCCACAGGAGAGGAAUUUAAUCGAGAAAGUGUUUCUUAUCCAACCUCCAAAGCAGGAAAUGGCUACACAACACCUUUUUACAUGCAAGAAGGCCAUCACACACCUUCUGAUCCUUGGAGUUCUGCUGGGUCCAUGGUUCAGCCUCAUUAUUCUGGUGUGCUGGGAAACUCCCCCCAUAAGAGUCAGCAUGGUCCCUUCCCUGCCAUCAACCCCCAAGACAGACUGAAGCGGCAGCCCCUGCCCCUUUCUCCACAAAAUUUCCCCCUGCAUGGCAGCGAAGUAAAUGGCGCUCCUGCUGUCUUCCACUCUGGUUCCAGCAGCUUUGGGGUCCCGAGUCAAACACCCCCCAUCGCUGGCACUGAAACCAUACUGGCUAAUCGAGGUGCAGUACCUGCAAGUUCUGGGGAUGAAAUUGGAAAAGCUCUGGCAUCUAUCUAUCCUUCCGACCACAACAGCAAUGCCUUCCCCCAGUCUCCGUCUACGCCGUCUGGCUCCCCUCAGGCUGUAUCAGGCUCUGCAUCCCAAUGGACUCGAUCCUCUUGCCAGGCCACACCUUCCCCUAACUUUGAAGGUGGAAUUCAGUCUAUGCCGAGUAAAAUGGAGGACCGCCUGGAAGAAGCCAUCAAUGUUCUUCAGCGACAUGCCAGCGGACAGGGAGGGCCAGGAAUCGCUGAAAUGCACAAUCUGUUGUCGGCGGGGUUGGGAUUGCCACCGGGCUUCAGUAGUGCAGCACUUGGACUGUCCAGCCGUCUCCAAGGACUGGCAUCAAGUCACCAGGAGGACUCUGCUGGUCUGCCCUCUAGUGGCGGUUUGAUGCAUCACGGACUAGCAUCUGGUCGUCCUGAGGGUUUUACAGGUCUCUCUGGUAGCAUAACUCGUUCUGGUGGUGCUGCUAUCAAGCGAGAAGAGAAGGAAGAUGAUGAGAACUGUUCCAUUACAGACAAGUCAGAGGACGAGAAGAAAGAUAUGAAGAGCCGUCUUCGAACAAA